CACGCGUGGGCGUGUACGCUAGUUACCGUAGUAACCAGAUGCACUUGGUGCGGGCCCUAACACACUGGCUUCCCCGAGGAUCUCCUUCAGGAGGGCGCUGCCACGCUUAGGGGCCCUCCCAUGGCUUCACAGGAGAGGGUGGGCGCAGUGUCCAAAGGAACCGGGUUCCGGCGCUGCCCUAAGCAGGUCACUUACACCCCGGGGACCUGCGAGCUGCUCAGAGUGAUGAUGAAGGAGUCCAAACUGACUAACUUCCAGCAACGACACAUCUUGGACACCAUGAGAAGAGGAGCCCCUCUGCCCCUGCAGUGCAACCCAACAUCCAGCCAGAGGGGCUCUCCUCCCAAGAAGCCAGCUACAACCAUCUACCUGCCUCCCAUCCUGGCUACCCACUCCCACCUCCGGCCUGCCAGCAUGUGUCAAGCCAAUGGGGCAUACAACCAUGAGCAAUUCAAGCCUCAGGCCACCAGAGAUCUGGAGAAGGAGAAACGAAGACUCCAAAAUAUCUUUGCCACUGGGAAGGACAUAGAGGAACGGAAAACGGCUCCACAUGUGCAACAAGAGGACCCAGCUCCCGAGGUGGACCGGUUUGAAGAAUUGGUGAAGGAAGUCCAGGACAGGAAAGAAUUCUUGGCUGCCAUGGAGGCUCUGGGACAGGGCAAGCAAUACCGAGGAAUCAUCCUGGCUGAAAUCUCCCAGAAAAUAAGGGAAAUGGAGGACAUCGACCGCAGCAGAAGCGAGAGGCUCAGGAAGGCUCUGGCCACCACCUAAUCCUAGACAAGGGCGGGCCAGCCCAGUGUGACCACCAGAGCCUUCGCUUUGCCAAGCAGUGUCGUCCCCAGGUCUGCCCACCCUCAGAGACCACGCCAGAUCAUGAUGUUGCACUGCCCAGGGAUGCAGAGGCCUCAGUGACGCCUCUGAGUCACUGUCACAGCCACAGUGUUGGCACCUUCUUCAGGGGAAAGAGCCCAGACAUACCAUGGACAUCUGCCUCUCUCUGGCUCUUCCCACACCACAGCUGUCCUCCAGGUGCUCUGUGAACAUGAUUCUGUCCUUCCUGUAUCUUAGGAUCUGUUUCUUUGCCUUCUUGUAGCCUUGGGCAAAUGUUUGACCACAAUGAUUAAUUGGCCAAUAAAACACAUUUAACUUGGC